AUGCCUCUGGUUAGAUCCACACUUGUUCCCAAUGCCAAUAUCAUCCGCUUCUUGCUCACUGCCGCCUCGCGAGUGCCAGCCAUAAACUAUGCGGCUUCAAAUGACCUGGACUAUGUAUCACAAAUGGAAUCAGAAAAGGAGAUUCCACGGAACUACACCAACCUUACUCCUUUAAAUACCAAAGCGGCACUAUUAUUACAGGUAUACAUCGGGCUUCUCAAUACCUCAAUCAGUGAUCUGGAAAGGGAAGAUAUAUACCACGAGUUUAACUUUGUAUUUUCGGAGUUCAUUGUGGCCCCAUUGCAUCAGAGGCCGUUUCAGGAACGAAAUGCUAGCAAGCAGGCCAAAAAGGAUAUUAGCAAUCUUUAUUCUGUCACCCUGCUUCCAACCAACUCUCCAAAGAGCCGAAAUAGACAGCAGAAAGAGGAUAGUGCUGAUGCCACCAUGUAUUCUCCUUCGGCCCACUCGGUGGUUGAAGAUUCUGAAGAUGGGUUCUCACCUAUCUCUCGGCCUCGCGUACUAGAAGAAGAGAUUGAUGUUUUCGAGAAAUUUGCACCUACAAAACCCACCUCGCAGAACAAGCGGUCUCUUUUGGACUCAAUUGGGCUACUAUCUCAUAUUGCUGCUCCACUGCUGCCUAGAAGUUCACGUAAUUCACCCGAAAUACCCUCACGAGUCAGAAUGUUUGAUGAGGAAUUGAUAACUGCAAAGUUGAACCCCAACACCAACAACCACUAUUCCUUAUGGAAUUUAGUUGAAUGGAUGUUCUACUGUGCAUCAUCAGCGUCAGAUCCUCAGGAUGAUUUGACUGGGAUCGACUAUCACCGUCAGUUGUAUUAUAACUAUAGCACAUUUUUUACGCUUGUCCUUGAUUUUGUGGAGUUCGAUUAUUGGAGGUUUGUGGAGAAAAAGGUAUGUCUGAUUAUUGACUGUGACGUGAAAGAAUUCAUGCAAGUGGUGCCACUGCUUUCUGCAUCCGAGGUUAAAUUAUGUACAAAGGCCUUCCACUCAUUUGACUUUCUACUUGCAAAAUUGUUCCAGCAGAAAACCCCCAAGUUGAUUUAUUGGUUUGAUAGAGGACUUGAAGCGGUAUUUUCUGGUUUAGAUGGGGCCCUGAGAGUACAGCAACCAAUCCCUUGUUACGAGAAGGAGCUUGAAUUGGCCAAAAAGCUCAACAAAAAUAAAUCAGAUUUGAUCAACUCAUGUGUAUUAGACUCCUUUAAAAUUAGACAUAAAUUUGUGUACACCAUGUACUCCAUGUCUUUGAUUUAUUCCUACAUAGAAUCAGGUAAUAACCAACCAAAAAAACUUGUGGAUGAAGAAUCUCCAUUGGGACUCUCUAACUUCACAACCCAAUUGAGUAAAAAAUUAAACCUGUUGGAUCCUUCUGCUGUAGAAGAGUUUUUGAAGGCAAGUUUGGUCCACAUUGAUGACACCAAUUAUGAUAAGGAACUGUUUUUAUUCAUAGUGCUCAUGUUAAGAGGGUUAUUGCAUCAGACUACGAAGGGUGAGUUUUCCCAGGACUUAGCCCAUAUCUUUAGAGUCUUUGUCAACUACCCUGAAGAAGAAUUUUCCCGUCAUCUUGUUGCAGUGUUUGAUAAUUCUUCUAUAUUUAGGAGAUUUAUGGAGACCGAACUUUCGGUGGAUUCUUUGGGUCCUUUGAUUCAGUCCUGGAAUAUUUUCCAAGUGACUUGUUGUGCUAUUUCCCAGCUCUUACAGAUUUGGAAUUACAGACAGACCGUAUUUACGGUGGAAGCAUCAUUCCUUUCGAAGUAUGAAGUUAACUUGACGAAAAUUAAUUCUCGAUUUUCUUCCUUCCUUGCUCAAACAUCUGAUUGGACACCAGAGUAUAGAACCAAGGCCGUAAAGCUAAAGGACCAGCUAAGGAUAGUUGAUUUUACGUCUUCAUGGAAAAAUUCUACCUUACGUUAUUGA